AUGAACUUCGAUUACGUGCUCGACCUGUUCAACUUGCCAAGUCCAUCUGCGUUCUGGUCCGCCAGCGGUACAUCGAUUUCCCGGUCAUCGGCGGUGGCCGUCCAGGACGCGCCAAAGAGAGAACAUGUGAAAAGGCCAGGGGUGGCCGCGGCGCCGGAGGAGGAGGAUUCAGAGUUCUCGGAACGAUACGACCUCGGCCAAACCGGAACCGGUCACAUCACGUGCGUUUGUUCGUCCACCUCGGAUGACGAGUUCUACAUGAUUGACCAGACCGCCAAGGGGUUUCCGUUCUACGAUCCGGCCAUCGAAGGUUGCUCCCACCUAAGCGAGGCGUUGAUUGAUAUGCGUGACUUCAAGCUACUGAACCACGAGCCGCGGUCCACUCCGGGUCGCAAAAUCAAACCGCUCAAGCAGAACCACCCGGAAGCGAUCGACCAGUUUCGCCGGGCGGACGGCGGAACCAUCACGGUGAUAACCUCGCCACACCUGCCAGAUCCGGCCCUCCCUGUCGUCACGUCGACCAAGACGGCCACGGAGACUAUCUCAACACAACUGCAAGUUCCGGCCCUCCCUGUCGUCACGUCGACCAAGACGGCCACGGAGGCUACCUCGCCACACCUUCCAGUUCCGACCCUCCCUGCCGUCACGAUGACCAAGACGGCCACGGAGGCUACCUCGCCACACCUUCCAGUUCCGACCCUCCCUGCCGUCACGAUGACCAAGACGGCCACGGAGGCUACCCCGUCACACCUGCCAGAUCCGGCCCUCCCUGCCGUCACGAUGACCAAGACGGCCACGGAGGCUACCUCGCCACACCUUCCAUUCCGACUCUCCUGUCGUCACGUCGACCAAGACGGCCACGGAGACUAUCUCAACACAACUGCAAGUUCCGGCCCUCCCUGUCGUCACGUCGACCAAGACGGCCACGGAGGCUACCUCGCCACAACUGCAAGUUCCGGCCCUCCCUGUCGUCACGUCGACCAAGACGGCCACGGAGGCUACCUCGCCACACCUUCCAGUUCCGACUCUCCUGUCGUCACGUCGACCAAGACGGCCACGGAGACUAUCUCAACACAACUGCAAGUUCCGGCCCUCCCUGUCGUCACGUCGACCAAGACGGCCACGGAGGCUACCUCGCCACACCUUCCAGUUCCGACCCUCCCUGCCGUCACGAUGACCAAGACGGCCACGGAGGCUACCUCGCCACACCUUCCAGUUCCGACCCUCCCUGCCGUCACGAUGACCAAGACGGCCACGGAGGCUACCCCGUCACACCUGCCAGAUCCGGCCCUCCCUGCCGUCACGAUGACCAAGACGGCCACGGAGGCUACCUCGCCACACCUUCCAGUUCCGACUCUCCCUGUCGUCACGUCGACCAAGACGGCCACGGAGACUAUCUCAACACAACUGCAAGUUCCGGCCCUCCCUGUCGUCACGUCGACCAAGACGGCCACGGAGGCUACCUCGCCACACCUUCCAGUUCCGACCCUCCCUGCCGUCACGAUGACCAAGACGGCCACGGAGGCUACCCCGUCACACCUGCCAGAUCCGGCCCUCCCUGCCGUCACGAUGACCAAGACGGCCACGGAGGCUACCUCGCCACACCUUCCAGUUCCGGCCCUCCCUGUCGUCACGUCGACCAAGACGGCCACGGAGACUAUCUCAACACAACUGCAAGUUCCGGCCCUCCCUGUCGUCACGUCGACCAAGACGGCCACGGAGGCUACCUCGCCACAACUGCAAGUUCCGGCCCUCCCUGUCGUCACGUCGACCAAGACGGCCACGGAGGCUACCUCGCCACACCUUCCAGUUCCGACUCUCCCUGUCGUCACGUCGACCAAGACGGCCACGGAGACUAUCUCAACACAACUGCAAGUUCCGGCCCUCCCUGUCGUCACGUCGACCAAGACGGCCACGGAGGCUACCUCGCCACACCUUCCAGUUCCGACCCUCCCUGUCGUCACGUCGACCAAGACGGCCACGGAGGCUACCUCGCCACACCUUCCAGUUCCGACCCUCCCUGCCGUCACGAUGACCAAGACGGCCACGGAGGCUACCCCGUCACACCUGCCAGAUCCGGCCCUCCCUGCCGUCACGAUGACCAAGACGGCCACGGAGGCUACCUCGCCACACCUUCCAGUUCCGACCCUCCCUGUCGUCACGUCGACCAAGACGGCCACGGAGGCUACCUCGCCACACCUUCCAGUUCCGACUCUCCCUGUCGUCACGUCGACCAAGACGGCCACGGAGACUAUCUCAACACAACUGCAAGUUCCGGCCCUCCCUGUCGUCACGUCGACCAAGACGGCCACGGAGGCUACCUCGCCACACCUUCCAGUUCCGACCCUCCCUGCCGUCACGAUGACCAAGACGGCCACGGAGGCUACCUCGCCACACCUUCCAGUUCCGACCCUCCCUGCCGUCACGAUGACCAAGACGGCCACGGAGGCUACCCCGUCACACCUGCCAGAUCCGGCCCUCCCUGCCGUCACGAUGACCAAGACGGCCACGGAGGCUACCUCGCCACACCUUCCAGUUCCGACCCUCCCUGUCGUCACGUCGACCAAGACGGCCACGGAGGCUACCUCGCCACACCUUCCAGAUCCGGCCCUCCCUGUCGUCACGUCGACCAAGACGGCCACGGAGACUAUCUCAACACAACUGCAAGUUCCGGCCCUCCCUGUCGUCACGUCGACCAAGACGGCCACGGAGGCUACCUCGCCACACCUGCCAGAUCCGGCCCUCCCUGUCGUCACGUCGACCAAGACGGCCACGGAGACUAUCUCAACACAACUGCAAGUUCCGGCCCUCCCUGUCGUCACGUCGACCAAGACGGCCACGGAGGCUACCUCGCCACACCUUCCAGUUCCGACCCUCCCUGCCGUCACGAUGACCAAGACGGCCACGGAGGCUACCUCGCCACACCUUCCAGUUCCGACCCUCCCUGCCGUCACGAUGACCAAGACGGCCACGGAGGCUACCCGUCACACCUGCCAGAUCCGGCCCUCCCUGCCGUCACGAUGA